CUUUAAUUGUCACAAUAUCACCGGUCGUCAAGCCGCUAAAAGUGCGACUAAAUCGGGCAUGGCGACUAUCACGGUGUCCUUGUUUUUGUUGAUACUGAUACUCUCCUUCUCCCCAUCGUCUCCAUUGCUGAUCAAAUCUAAAGCCCCAGAGCUUCGCCCCUUCAAAGCUACUCCUCGUUUCCUCGGAAAAUUUGCAGAGCUCAACAGACCGAAAGCGCUUCCGAAAUCAUAUCAAUAUGAGGCGCGAUACUUCACACAAAGUCUUGAUCAUUUCGGCUUCUCAGACCUCCCAACUUUUCAGCAGCGAUACCUCAUCAACACCGAUCACUGGCUCGGUCCAGAGCGGAUGGGCCCUAUCUUUCUCUACUGCGGUAACGAAGGCGACAUCGAGUGGUUCGCUGCCAACACCGGCUUCGUUUGGGAGAUUGCUCCCCGCUUCGGCGCCAUGGUUAUCUUCCCCGAACAUCGUUACUAUGGUGAGUCAAUGCCCUAUGGCAAUAGAGAUCUUGCCUAUAAGAACGCUGCUUCUUUGGCGCACCUUACGGCCGGACAAGCACUUGCUGACUUCGCUGUGUUGAUUACUGACCUGAAACGGAAUUUAUCUGCCGAGGCUUGUCCGGUUGUGUUAUUUGGGGGAUCUUAUGGUGGAAUGUUGGCAGCAUGGAUGAGACUUAAGUACCCACACAUCGCUAUUGGAGCACUUGCUUCAUCGGCACCGAUUCUGCAAUUUGAAAAUAUUGUGCCGCCUGAAACGUUUUAUGACAUUGUCUCCAAUGACUUCAGGCGUGAAAGUGUGAGCUGCUUUAACACUAUAAAAGAGUCAUGGGAUGCAAUAGAAGCAGAAGGCCAGACUGCUGAAGGGCUGUUGAAACUAACCCAUACUUUUCGUAUCUGCCAGAAUCUGAGUAGCAGUCAAGAUCUUUCAGACUGGUUGGAUUCUGCUUAUAGCUAUUUGGCCAUGGUGGAUUAUCCCUAUCCCUCUGAAUUUUUGAUGCCUUUGCCUGGAAAUCCAAUAAAAGAGGUAUGCAGAAAGAUUGACAGUUAUCCUGAUGGGACUAGUAUUUUAGAGCGUAUAUUUGCAGGCGUGAGCAUCUAUUACAAUUAUACCGGAACAGUUGACUGCUUUGACCUGGGAGAUGAUCCUCAUGGAAUGAGUGGAUGGGAUUGGCAGGCAUGCACUGAGAUGGUUAUGCCUAUGUCCAGUAGCAAGGGCAAAAGCUUGUUUCCAACAUAUGAUUUUGAUUACUCUUCUUAUCAAGAAGGGUGCUUUAAGGAGUUUGGCGUCAAUCCAAGGCCUCGAUGGAUAACUACAGAAUUUGGUGGACAUGAUAUAAGGACUGUAUUGAAGGCGUUUGGAAGUAACAUAAUAUUCUCAAAUGGACUGUUGGAUCCUUGGAGUGGUGGCGGCGUUCUGCAAAAUAUUUCUGAAGCUAUUGUCGCAUUUGUUACAAAUGAAGGAGCCCAUCACAUAGAUUUGCGUGCUUCAACUACUGAGGAUCCUGAUUGGUUGGUUGAGCAGAGGGCAUCAGAAAUCCAGCUGAUUGCAGGCUGGAUAAAGAGCUAUUAUCAGGAGAAGAUCAGAUCAUUCAGCAUGUAGAGCUGUAGAUCCUAAGCAAUUGUUAGGUAUGUAGAUGCAUGGGCACUUUCCAGUCCCCCAACCAAGA